AUGGACAUGACCGACCUCAAGCCGCAGGCGGCCGCCUCUGCGACGACGCCCAAGGCCGGCCCAGCGCCAGACAAGCCGAAGCCGAACGCGACGAAGGCGACGACAGUCGCCGGCGACGCCGCCGCGGAGGGCAGCGGGAGCGAUACGGAGGAGAUGGACGUCGAGCAGGAGAAGGCCAACGCCGCGAAGGCCAAGGAGGAGAUUAUCGUCGACACAACGACGACGACGAGGAGGAAGCGAGGAGGCGAGACAGCGCAGAAGCAACUGAUGAGGAAGAAGAGGGCGAAGAGGGAGGAGGAGGAGGAGAGCGAGGAGGACAGGCGGAAGAGGGAGGAGAGGCGGGUGAGCCGCCUGCUGCGCGGCGUGGGCGUCGUCUUUGGUGACGGCGUCGACGGAGACGCGAAGCGGGAACUCACCCAGCAAAUCGAAGCCAUGGGCGGCACCGUGUCUCAGGAGUGGGUGCCGUACGGCGGACGCAUGUCGACACACCUGGUGCUCCUCGCGCCCGCCGCCACGGCCCUCUCCUCCCUCGCGGUGAAGCAUGCGGACCGGCUGGGCGGGAAGGUGGUGCGGGCCGGGUGGGUGACGGACUGCUGGCGCGAGAAGCGACACCUCAGCGAGCGCCUCUACUAUGCCCUGCCCAAGCACUAUCUCGAAGACGAGGACGAUGAUGAUGAAGACGACGACGAAGAGGAAGACGUGAGCCCGGCCGACGAUGAAAGUGAACAGGAAGAGCCGGAGACUGACAAGACGACGACGAUGACGACGACGACGACGAAGAAGAAAGUGAUUGUCAUUCCUUCGGGUCCGUCUGCCUCGACUUCCUCGUCGACGGCUUCGGCUGCCGUCACCGAGCUGCCGUCCAUCUUCGCCGGCUUCUCAUUCUACUUCUAUGGACACAACAAGAAGAAGGGCAAUCACUUCCCCGCCUGCGAUAAGAGCGAGCUGGAGCGGUACGCGGUGGCGUAUGGCGCGGAGGUGAGCGAGCUGGUGACGGAGGAGACCACGCACGUGGUGUCGUGGCGGCGCGACGUUGACGCCUCGGUGCUGGCCAGCGGCGGGGUGGGCACCGUCAAGGUGGUCUCGCCGCACUGGGCCUGGGACGCCAUCAACACCGCCACCCGCCGCCCCGAACAGCCCUAUCUCCUCUGA